AUACAAUCCCACCGAGCACUAUCAUUCAACCACAUUAAAUGCUCUUUUCCUUCUCUGUAUUUAAUGUUAGUCUGACUGGCUUGUGUUUCCAUCCAAAGCACAUAGAAAAGAAAACAGUCAAAGCUAAGAGAGAACAUUUUUUUUUACAGAAGAAAGAAGAAAGAAAGAUAUGGAUGAUGAGAGUAGCAGUAGUAGUAGUAGUAAUAGUGGUAGCAGAAAUAUGCACUUUAAUGGUGUGUGGCAAUUCAUAAGGGAAGCCUUAGGUGUGAUUCUGAAGUGGUUAGGGUUUUUUAAUGUUACAAAAUCGAAGUCAUGUUGUUGCCAAAAUGAGGACCGAAAUGAUGGUCAACAUCCUUCAUCAUCAUGCCCAGCUGAUCCAGCUCAAGAUCCGACUCCGGCUCCGACCAAUGAUGAUCCACCACCACCACCACCACCUUCAAGUCUUGAUGUUCCGGUUCAAGAUCCAACUCCGGCCGAUGAUCCACCACCGUCGGCGGAGGAUUUGGGAAGGAGUGCUAGAAGAAGACCGGCAAGGCCAGGAAUUAGCACCGGAAGUGGCCCGCAGACUAACGUAGUUCCUUCGACUACUCUACCGUAAUUGCGUCCGAGCUUGUUCUUUUUGAUGCAAAACAAAAAUAAUUAUUUUAGGACAAAAGGAAUAUCUGUAUCGUCUGAAGUAAUUAAUUUUUGACUAUUAGCUAGCUUUUUAUUUAUGUGUGCAUUUUUGUUUUUGCCCUUUUCGAUUUCCUAAUCAGAUUGUAUAGGGUGGUUUGGUAAUAGCCUUCAUGUUUUUGGAACGCUAAUGAACAUGGGAGCCGUAAUUAUUAGUUGAAAAUUUGUCAAUCAUUUUAUGAUCAAUAUCUUAAUAUAUUAAUUUUCUGUUUGUGACUCACAGUCGUCAUGGCUCGUGAAUGUUCGAAAUCAGAAUUUCAUGUACUAAAACACCUACGGA